UAAACCUUGUCUACACAGUUGAUCACAUGCUACGCAAAACACGUGGUGACCUGACGUUGUGCGUCACACCGCGGGAAACGUUCAUACAGCGGCAGAGACCUAUUCAAUGUACGCGUUUAUGGCAUGUGAACUAAUUAAAGUGUGUAGUUUAUCAAAACUUAUACCUUGUUGAAGCAUUGGUUUUUCACACCGAGCGAUGGAAACACAAUAAAUUCCCGCUCCUUGUUUGGCCUGAAUACCGCAGGGAGCAAAUGCUAUCAAAAGACCCACAAUGCAACACUUAAAGUAAUCUUUAGUGAGUGACACUAUAUAUUUAUUUUGCUGCAGGAAAAUAUGUCAGACUCGAGCACAGGUUCUGCUGGAGCUAUAAAGGCAAUAGACAAACAGUCCGUGCAUCAGAUUUGCUCUGGGCAGGUGGUGCUGAGUCUGGCCACAGCUGUGAAAGAGCUGGUGGAGAACAGCAUUGAUGCUGGUGCCACUAAUGUCGAUGUCAAGCUAAAAGACAAUGGAAUAGAGUUGGUGGAAGUUUCUGACAAUGGAAAAGGCGUUGAGGAGGAAAACUUUGAAGGACUAACUUUAAAACAUCACACCUCUAAGCUGAGAGAUUUUUCUGACUUGAUACAUGUGGAGACAUUUGGGUUUCGCGGUGAAGCUCUGAGCUCCCUUUGUGCUCUUAGUGAUCUUAAUGUUGUGACCUGCCAUGAGAGCGCCCAGAUCGGAGCUCGGCUGGUGUAUGACCAUGAUGGUCGCCUCUCUCAACGUGUGCCACAUCCCCGUCAGCAUGGCACUACUGUCACUCUGCAAAAGCUCUUCUCCACGUUGCCUGUUCGACACAAGGAGUUCCAGCGGAACAUCAAAAAGGAAUAUUCCAAGAUGAUUUUCGUCUUGCAGUCCUACUGCAUCAUCUCCACUGGUGUGCGUAUUACGUGCACCAACCAGAUGGGACAAGGCAAGCGCACUACAGUAUUAUGCACCAGUGGCAGUAACAGCAUGAGAGACAACAUUGGAGCUGUGUUUGGACCUAAACAGCUACAAAGUUUAAUUCCCUUCCAACAAAUAUCUCCCAAUGAAUCAACCAAGGAAGACUAUGGCCUCAGUGGGGUAGAUGUUCCUAAAGACCUUUUCAGCAUUGAUGGGUUUGUGUCACAAGCGGAUCAUGGUGUUGGUCGAAGUGCCACUGACAGACAGUUUUUCUUUAUCAAUAAAAGACCUUGUGAUCCAGUAAAGGUCUCCAAGCUUGUGAAUGAGGUUUAUCACAUGUAUAAUCGGCAUCAAUAUCCUUUUGUUGCUCUAAACAUUACUGUUGCUUCAGACUGUGUCGAUGUGAAUGUAACUCCAGACAAACGUCAGAUUCUUCUACAAGAGGAAAAACUCUUGCUGGCAAUUCUUAAAAGCUCACUCAUUGCUAUGUUUGAGACUGGUGUCAAUAAAAUCAGUCUCAGUCACAUUACUCCAACAAUUACCAACUUGGGCAGACCAAUCGAAAGAAGUGCUGGUUCAGAAGAUCAGGAUACACAUUCUGUCUCUGAAGCACUUACAGAUAAUGUACCCCCAAAGACGUCCUUCAAUCUUGCUGGACUUAAAGAAGCAUUUUCUAAACAUCAGCUUCCUGGAACUGGCUCAAAACAUCAUAAAGCUGCUUGUGCUGGUCCCUCUCAGAAGAAAAUGUUUUCCUUUGUGAGCUCUUCUAAAAAAAUGACAGACAUUAUAAAGUCCUCUACUAGUUUCUCUGCUGUUUCUUCCAUUAAAAAAUCAACUGUUUGUCUAGCUAAAUAUAAAAGCACCUUUGAUGGUGAUGCUGAAGAUUCUGGGGCAGCAAACCAAAACUCAGCUGAAGAUGAUGCAGAGAUUCUACAUGAAAAUAGUUCUGAGUCAGUUUUAUACCCUACUACACAUGAAACGGAUGUUAAAGCUGAAACUAUUGAUGAACCUGUAUGUGAGAAGUUCUGGAGUUCUACAACUUUGUUGCCGGAGAGAAAGUCAGAACUUUCUGAGGACAGAUUUUCCAGUCCUGAAGCUAAAAGAGCUCGACAUGAAGCUGAACCUCUAGCUGAAAGCUGUUUGGUGGAUUCCAAAAACAAGAACGCUUCUCUGCAAAUGGAUUCACCCACGAGCAUUAAGAAGAAAACAGCCCUUUUGCAGUUUUCUCUACAAGAACUUUCUAAAAAGAUGCAGAGGCUAAAGGCUCAGAAGACAGAGAACAAUGAUCAAGAGCCAAAAUAUAGACUGUUCAGGGCGAAGAUUAACCCUGGUGAAAACCAGAGUGCUGAGGAUGAGCUUAAGAAAGAAAUAAGCAAAGAUAUGUUCAAGGAUAUGGAAAUUAUCGGUCAGUUCAACCUGGGUUUUAUUAUCACCAAGCUAAAAUCCGAUCUUUUCAUAAUUGACCAGCAUGCCACAGACGAAAAGUACAAUUUUGAGAUGCUACAACAGAAUACGGUCUUAAAGGGACAGCGACUCAUUGUUCCACAACAUCUCCACCUUCCAGCAAUCAGUGAAACCGUGCUUAUGGAAAACCUUGAAAUCUUCAGAAAGAACGGUUUUGACUUCCUCAUUGAUGAGGAUGGUCAGGUUAUGCAGAGGGUAAAGCUGGUGUCUUUACCUACAAGCAAGAAUUGGACCUUUGGCCCAGGUGACAUUGAAGAGCUCAUCUUCAUGCUUAGCGACAGUCCUGGAGUCAUGUGUCGACCUUCUCGAGUUAGGCAGAUGUUUGCAUCUAGAGCAUGUCGCAAAUCGGUGAUGGUUGGCACUGCCCUGAACACCAGUGAAAUGAAAAAACUUGUGCUUCACAUGGGGGAAAUUGAACAGCCCUGGAAUUGUCCACACGGUAGACCAACCAUGAGACACCUUGCUAAUCUGAAUAUGGUUUCUCAGGACUGAAGCAGCUACUUGUUUUUGCUGAUUUUCCCAAUGUUAUAUUAACACUAUUGUUUUAAUAAAGUAUUUUAAUAAUUGUAUUUUUCAAAUAAAGUACAUUUUUCAUUA